UAUCGCAGACGUUCUGCAUGGAACAUCGCUGGAUUGUUGUUAUUUUGAGUGUAUAAGUCACUCGUUUGUUUUGGGAGUGUUCGAGGUUUUUCUACGAGGUAUUUUGUGUCCAAUCUUCAAUGGCUAAUACCGACGAUCAUGAGAUGCGACAAGUAUCCGAAAUGUUCGAUGAAGGUCUUCAAAUUUACAAGAAGUUGGACAAAAUAGACGAACCAACGAAUAGUAGCUCAGUUCAGAGCCUCAUCAAGAAAGCAAUGCAUAUUCUGGAGGAUGCUACAAGACUGAUAUCAUUAGCGGGUGUUUUUAGUUCAAAUGAAGCUUUGGAAGAAAUUGCUACAAAUGAUAUUAAGUACCUACUCUUACCGGCACUUUUAGGUGGUCUGGCUUUGAAAUUGUGCGUGGACGACCGCCUAGAAGUCAUUAAUACAGCAGAAGUAUAUUUUCGUGACUUUCUUACACGAUGCAAGGACUAUGGUGUUAUUGAUAUAGAAGUACCGCAACCUUCACAACAAGAUGAUGACAAAGUGGUCUCGCCAGUUGGGCCUCAAUCAAGUAAUCUCAUUGACAUGGCAAUCAAGAGAAAUAUGAAACUCCAGAGGUAUAAAGCGCAGAAAGAAUUAGAAAAGAAACUGGAACUUCUGGGGAAGGAAAUGGAACAAAGUAAUGUAGACGAAGAAGUGAAGCGUAACUUUUACAUAACAUUGAUAAAGUGUUUUGCUAAUCAAGCUGUAGAUGAGCUGAAUAAUAUUGAAAUGGAGAAACCAUUAAUUGCACACAUGGCUCAAGUCAGAAAAGGUGCUGCGUUAGGAAUUGAAGAGGAGAAGUCCAGAAAAGUGCGUCCUCCUCAGAAGCCACUUAAGCCCAUAAUUAUCACAAAAGACGAAGUGCAGAAGAAGGUAUUUGGAGCUGGGUAUCCCAGUCUUCCCGUUAUGACGGUUGAAGAAUUUUAUGAAAAGAGAGUCAAGGAUGGAGAUUUCCCUGAUCCUACCCAAGCAAAGGCUUUAAGCCUUCAAGACAUGGCUGCUAGAGAGAAUGCAAAUGAACUGGCAGAACAAGAAGAAAUUAAGAAAGAACUGGCAAUAGAGAAGGAUGAAGAAGAAGCAUUGAGAAGAGCAAGAGAAUGGGAUGAUUUCAAAGAUAAGCACCGUAGGGGGUGGGGUAACAGAAUGAAUCGCAGUUAAGAUAAAGCAUUGUUCUGAGCCAGAUGCUAAACUUCAGGAUUUGCUGAACAGAUGAUUCAGGACAGCAAAUUGAUUUGUGUACAUUGUGGGAUAUGUCUAGAUGUUUCUGUAAUAAAAAUGUCUAGGUGGACAAUGAAAAAAUGUGUGUGUGUGUUUCCUAAGCAUGGAAGGUUAUAUAAUAAUUGAAAAUAAAGUAAUUUAAAAACA